GCUUCAGUGCGAAAUUCCAUGAGUCUAUUUUGAGACUCAAAGACAUGGAAAUUCACAAUGAAGUAGCUUCUGUACUGGUGAAGCUUUCAAACGGGUGGCGACAGCAGGAGAAGAAAGACGAAAUUGCCCCUAGUUCCAUUUCUCGGCUACUCGAAUUGUAUGAUGUGAAGGGGACGAUAAUACUUGCAUGGACUAUUGAAACAACGAGGCAAAACAAUUCGGUAGAAACACAAGUUAUCAAAGUAUUGGAUAUCUUGCCUCAGUCGGAAAUCGAACAGCUGGCAAAGAAAUUCGAUGCUGUGGUGGGGAACUACACUAUGAAUCAAACGAGCCGUUUUCUGUGCAAGCAAAUUGAAAAGGGUUUGAUGGUACCGGUGACGUGGCCGAUCGAACGUGCAAAUGAAAGAACGAAUUACGGUAGUAAUGAGCUGGCAAAUCAGCUAGCGUCGAUCAGUUUGAGCGAUAACGAGCCUAGAUUGUCGCCCAAAACGAGAAAAUACGGUGGGAUGAGAAGAAUUAACCGGAACCGAAGCCGGCGGUAACAAUUAGAUAUAUCGACAGUAGACUCGCAUAACUAUUGUAACACAUCUAAUCGAUAUUGCAUGUCUUCACAUUUAUGGGAUAAUUUGAAAACUAUGAAA